GUUUCGCAGCCAUACAUAUCAAAGCUGCUCAACGGCAAUCACCGUGAAUUGUCGUUGCGUUGCCGCAAAAAUAUCUAUUCAUGGUACUUGAAUUGCAGGCGACAUCCGGAAAAGCUCUCGUCAUUCCUUGCUGAUCCAUCCACUCGUUUGGAAACAAAUGGUGAUGGCGAGCUGAUUCCUCAGCGUCGUGAGCGGUAUGUGUUUCGUCCGAUUCUAAUCCGAAUCCUGGAAGGAUUCUUUGCCCAGACACCAUUCCCGGAUUUGAAUCGGCGAAUCGAAAUUGCCACUGCUUGCAACCAAGCGCUGCAGAUUGAUAAAAAAGGUACUGCAAAAGUUUUAAAAAAAUUUUUUUCACUUUCCUUUUCAUUAUACUUGAAUACCUAA